AUGGUACACUUCGAAGAGGACGUAGGCAAAGCUGUGAAGUUUCUCGCAAUAUUGCCCGGGUUUAUGAAGCGCGUCGCCGGUAGGAAGGCUACAGUCAUCGACAAGCGCGUUCAACAGUGCCUCGACUACCUGCGGCCGGCUAUUGACGAUCGGAUGGCUACAAUGACUAGGUUUGGGAAGAACUGGGCAGACAAGCCGGCGUGUUACUUUGGCGGCGCAUGGGUUAUUGACGAAGUUGUGGCUCGGAAUCAAGGACCAGAAGAGGUCGCGCGCAUAGUACUGUUUAUCAACUUCGGGGCUAUUUCGACGACCUCGGCUGCCAUACUCCAAGCCUUGUACGACAUCUCUGUGCGUCCCGAGCUCGCCAAUACGCUCCGGGAAGAGGUUGAAGCUGCUGUGGCUGAAGAAGGCUGGACGAAAGUUGCCAUAAACAAGAUGCGCAAGUUCGACAGUUUCCUGCGCGAGUGCGAGCGGCAUAACGGCCCGAUCAUUAAUGCGUUAUCGAUGUUCCGCAACAUCCUGCAGCCGGUGACGCUAUCGGACGGGAAGUUCCUUCCCAAGGGUACGACGGUGGUCACGCCGACGUUUGCGACACACUUCGACGAGGGGAAUUAUCCGAACGCGGCCCUAUUCGACCCACUACGGUCUUACAAGAGUGACAAAGCUGUACAGCCGCAGCUGACUACCACGUCCGCAGACUACGUAACCCCUGGUCGGUUCUUCGUCUCUAACGAACUCAAAGCUAUGUUGGCAUAUAUCGUCGCAAACUACGACGUCAAACCCGAGUAUGAGGAUGUCCGACCCGAGAACUUGCGGACGAGGAGCCUAACCAACAACCCGAGUGAUAUCGCACGAGUGCUGUUCAGGAGGAGGCAGGUCGACUAAGGUGGAAAGUCCAUGUUCAGAUGCUAUCUUCUU